GAGGAGGAGGACGCAGAUGGACACGGAGAUGACAGCGCCUCCUGCAUCCGCGGCCCCGCACCUGCAGCAGCUCGACUCGCCCAUGAGGCCACAGGUGAUCAAGUUCUGCUACAGGAAGAGGCCUACAUGCCUCAGCAGAAAUGGCAAGGAUGAUAGCAGCCAGGACCCCGUGACCCAACCCCCCAGCUCGCCCUUGAGCAGACAGAGCCUGUCCACGCCUGCCGUCGCCACCUACCAUGCUGGAGGGUUCUACGAGAUCAACCACGGGAUGCUGCCUCCCAGAACACCAAUCCAUCUCAAGUCCAUACGCGUUGUACAGGUUAGUGAGUACACGAGCCUCGACGUCACCGUGAGCUUCCCGUCCCUCCUGGCGCUCCGGAGCUUCUUCUCCUCAUUCCCGGCGCCCAGCGCCGGGCCGGAGCUUGACGAGCGCUUCGUCAUGAGCAGCAACCACGCCGCGCGCAUCCUUCGCCGCCGUGUGGCCGAGCAGGAGCUCCAGGGCGAGAUGCACCAGGACAGCUUCUGGCUUGUCAACCCCCGCCUCUUUGACUUCAGCGCCUCGUCCCACCCAGCAAAUCUACCUGACGCGCUGUCGUCGCCUGAAGCUCCACCGGCUCAGCCGAAGGUGCCUGUACCCAGCUGCCGCCUCCUCGAGACCUUGAAGUGUGAUGGCGCCGGGUGGGGCGUGCGGCGCCGCAUCAGGUACAUUGGCCGGCACCGCGAUGCUUCCAAGGAGGCCAGCAUCGGCGGCUACGAAACAGAGGCAAGCGUCAGGGAGCAGCAGCGUCCGGCACAGCAGGAGGAUAAUCGGAGCUCUGUCUGCGGCAAGAGGAAGCGGGACGAGGCAGAGAGAAACAACGACAAGCCCAGCAGAGAGCGGAGGGCGAAAAAGACCUACAAGAGUCCCAAGAAGCAGAAGAAGCGCCACGUUGAGUCUAAAGACGGCGACCCUCGGCGCGGCAAGGAGCGGUGGUCGGCCGAGCGGUACGCGGCGGCGGAGAGGAGCCUGCUCGAGAUCAUGCGCUCCAGCGGCGCCCGCCUCGGCGCCCCGGUGAUGCGUCAGGCGCUGCGGGAUCAAGCCCGUAAGCGCAUCGGCGACACCGGUCUCCUCGACCACUUGCUUAAGCACAUGGCCGGAAGGGUACCGGACGGCAGCACCGAACGGUUCCGCCGCCGGCACAACGCGGAUGGCGCCAUGGAGUACUGGCUGGAGCCAGCCGAUCUGGCCGAGGUGCGACGGGAGGCCGGCGUGUCUGAUCCCUACUGGGUGCCGCCACCCGGGUGGAAGCCUGGGGAUGACGUGUCCCCGGUUGCCGGUGAUCUCCUGGUUAAGAGGCAGGUGGAGGAGCUCGCUGAGGAACUCAAUGAUGUUAAAAGGCACAUGGAACAGCUGAGUUCCAACAUGGUGGAAUUGGGAAAUGAAGCGAAAUCUGAGGCAGAACAAGCCUACAGUUCAUGGAAGGAGAAGUACCAGAAGGUGGUUAAGGCUAAUGAAAAGAUAGAGAAGCAGGUGUUUUCUUUGAAGGACACCUACGAGAAUGUGAUUCACAAAAACAGUAAGUUAAAGAAGGAGGUGCGGUCACUGAAGGAUAAGUAUGAGUUUGUAGUCGAAAAGAAUGAUAAGCUGGAGGAGCAGAUGGCUUCUCUCUCUAGCUCCUUCCUCUCUUUGAAGGAACAAUUUAUGUUGUCAAGCAAUGGAGAUAAGCUGAAGAUGGCAAUAGACCAGGUGCCUUUGGCUCACAAUGAUGGCAAGCAGGCAAUACCUAUUGGUGGUAAUAGUGGCCAGAUCAGCCAGCGAGCAGAUGUCACCGUCGUCCAUGACGGCGAGAAGGGGACGACGAGGAAGAGCAGCUUCCGCAUCUGCAAGCCACAGGGCACGUUCCUGUGGCCAAGCAUGGGGUCAGGCACAGACAUCAGCGGGGGAGGCAGCAGCGGCAUCAGCAUCGCCACCGGCGGGUCGCUCCCCCGCAGCGGCAGCGGUAGCUGCCCCGGUAUCGGGCCGGGGCUCCCGCCGUCGUCCCGAGCCCCAGUUGAGGUGUUGAUCGAGUCGCCGCUGGACGAGCACGUGAUGGUCGGUGACUACUUCUCCACCCCGCCCUCGGCGUCGUCCAGCAAUGCCACCAAGCUGCUGUCCCUGCCCAGCCCCAGGUCACCCCUCAAGCCACAGCCACUCUUCAGCGCCUUGCACUCCUUCGCCGGCCUCACUUUGCGUCAUAUGGAUUCGCCGUCAUCGCUGCCGUCGCCCUGCGGUGCUAGUCUGCUGCAGAGGGGGAGGAUGGCCAUGCCCAACGCGGAGGUCGGAGGGAUCAGUACCGUGGGCACUGAACUGGCCCUCGCCACUCCCUUCUACUGCUGAGCUCCUUCCCCUGCAUAUGCCUGCCUAAUGGCGUUUCUCUUACGAUCGGUACGGUGAUGAUAGGAUAAGAUAAAAAUUGCACAAACAAAACAUAGAGAGGAUAAGAUAAAGAAAAAAUAGAUUAAGGAAAGUGAGAAAGAUAUUACAUGAUCUUGGUUAUUGGUUACAGUUACACCUUGGUUUCUGUCGUAGCAGUUUGCACUUUUAUUGGUCAGUUUCAGUCCGUGUCAAGGAUGUAAUUGGUUGAUGACUUGCCAUACCUCAUGACUUCAGUGUGUCAGUUGCGUCGACUGCCCUUUUGUGACACAUUUAAAGUGGAUUGUGUCCGUUUUGUGGGCUCUUUCUGUUGCACUGAUAUAUUCUCAGAUUCAACAAGUUGCAAAAUC